AUGGAUCUAGCUCAGAAGAUCCCCUUCUUUACAUUGGACGUAAUCAGUCAUGUAGGAUUGGGAGAAGCAUUCGGUGACUUGAAUGCCGACAAAGACCUCAAAGACUACCUGAAAUCGAGUGAAGAGGGUCUCAAGAUUGGAAACACGGCUUUCGCGAUUGGUAUAGCCUGGCUCAGAGAUACGCCCAUCAUCGGCCCCGCUAUCAGUCCAUCGGAGAAGGAUGCCAGUGGGUUCGGUAACAUGAUGGCUCAAGCACGAAAGAUAGUCGACUCCAGGAUGUUGAAGUCAACUGAAGACAAGUCUGAUAUGUUCGCGUCAUUCGUCCGCCAUGGUCUCUCUGGAAACGAUCUUUUCCAAGAAGUCUUCGAGCAGAUUCUCGCUGGAUCUGACACUACGGCUGCUGCCAUUCGGACCAUUUUGCUUUAUGUCAUGAGCCAUCCGCGCGUGUAUGCAAAGCUGCAAUCUGAGAUAGAUGAAGCCAUCAGAAGCGGCACGGCUCCCGCAUCUCCUGGCAUCAUCUCAGAUGCAGAGGUGCGCCGCCUACCAUAUUUAGGCGCUGUCGUCCGUGAAGGAAUGCGAAUACAUCCACCAGUCGCCAACAUCUUCUCAAGAGUCACUCCGAAUGAAGGAGAUAUCGUGACUAUCGAUAACAAGGAGUAUCACAUCCCCGGCGGCACCUUGGUCGGCUACUCAGCCUGGACGAUGCACCGCAACAACCGCGCUCUCUACGGCGAAGACUGUGGUACCUUCCGUCCUGAACGCUGGCUGAUUGAGACAAGCGACGAGGAGGCGAAAGACCGUCUAACCAGAAUGACGAAAACCAACGAUAUGAUAUUUGGGUACGGUCGAUGGCUUUGCCUAGGACGCAACAUCGCGUUGAUUGAGAUACACAAGUGCAUCUUUGAGUUGUUGAGGCACUUUGAUCUGUCGUUGACCAACCCGCUGGAACCAUGGAAGACGUUCAACUCGCUUGGGUUAUGGGAGAUCAAGGACAUGUGGGUGGAUGUCACCUUAAGAGAGUAA